AUGAUGUUGGAAAGGUCGAUCCCAAAUAACCAAUCUGCAACCCCAAAUUCUUUCUCAUGUGAACCUGCUAGUGCACACGAGCCUACCUCACUAUCCCCUCAAGUCCUGCGUGAUCCUAUAGCCAUGGGGGAACCCCACUGUGAUAGCCUGGAACAAAGUGCGAGUGACACACCAUUUAUCAUUCCACCAAAGGAAAUUGUCAUUGAAUCUUUCAGUCUAUAUCUACAGUAUUGCCACAAACAGCCGUUGUGGCUUUUUGAUGAAGAGGAUUUAUCAAAUCCACAAGGCUCCUGCCAAGAACUCAUGUUUGGUAUACUUGCAUUGGCUCUACGUUAUUCAGACAACCCAUUUUUUGAGGGUCAAAGGGACAAAAUGUGCCGAGAAUAUGCCGAAGCUGCUCGUGGCCUUGUUAUGCUUCGAAUAGCCCAGGGAAAGUGUGCAGCUAAUGAUACUCACAUGGCCUGGUUACACAUUGGUCUUGCUACAAGCCUCUCCAAAUGUGGGGGACUUGACAUUGAGUCGCAUCAUGGAGAACUCUCAGAUACGAUCGAGACACAACGAAAACUGUUCUGGAGCAUUCACCUUCUCAAUCAGCAAUAUGGCCCAGGAAAUAUGCAACUGAGCCUGCUCCACGAAAUUCAACAUCCAAAGUAUAUGGGUGUAAACAUGGACACCAUGAGCAGAAUGGGAGUAAAACCUCCCCAGCCUCCACAGGAAACCGGAAAUGCAAGACAAACCGAAGGUAUCUGGAUUUACAUGGUGCAACUAUCCACUUUGUGGAGCGAAGUACAACAUUACGUUUCACAUUGCGCCAGCGGAGACUCAACACCCCCUUGGUCAUUGAAAUCGGGUUAUUCCGCCAUAGGGGCCCAUCUAAUGAACAUUGAGACAAAGUUUCCUACAUCACAUCGUUGGGACUCGGUGAGAUUCAUGGACCACUCAAAAGAAGACUUACACCAAAAUCGAGGCUAUUGGAGUCCUUGGCUAUAUCUCCAGUUUACCUAUCACGCCAUCCACAGUGUCCUCAACCAUCCGUUUCUUUAUUCAUGGAGACCCCAACAAUCUUCUCAACUUGCUGUCCCAAACACCUUUUGGAAAACAUCAUCUGAGCUAGCUCUCAUUCACACGACAUGGACAGUUCGGCUGAUUGAAAUAAUCAAAGAGAAACACUACCAAGUAUCCGACCCAUCCAUUGGACAUCUGGUAGCCAUCGCUGCAACAAUUCAGCUUUACUAUUGCUGCGCGGCAGAUCCGGCCAUCAGGGACUCUGCGCAAACCAAAGUUGAUAUUUGUCUGAGGUUUUUAGGACAGCUUGCAAAAAAGUGGCCAAGGUGCCAGGCAAUACACCAAAAGCUAGAACUGAUCCUACAGUCGGCAUUUGCUUCAAAUACGGCCCUGAGAAGGCUCAAUUCUCCCCGAAGAAAGCUAUCAAUCAAUACAGCGUUGAUGUGGGACAUCCUUCUCUACAACUCGCCAAGGACGUCAUCUGCACAUAUAGGAGAAGGCCUUUUUGAUAUAUCAUUUUUCCAAGCGCCUGAGAAUAGGAUGGAGGACAAAGAGACUGUUGAGACAGAGUUUUUUCAUCAUUCUACAAGAACAAUCGAUACAUCAGAUGGAGGUCAAGGAUUACCACCCUACUCAAGUGCCGUGAAUGGUCGAUCCUCUUCAAGAGAUGAGCAACAGAGUGAACAAGGGCUGUGGAAUCGAAGUCUUUCUUCCCCUCCGGACAAUAUUAAUGAACAGCUGCUACCUCAAGAAACAAUGAUAUCGUCCGGUUCCGGGUUCCGGGGGGACGUAUCUUGGAUGGACCUUUCACAUGACCCAUUUUUUCAGUUCCAAGAUAAUCUCAAUCCUAACUUGGGAAUAUGGGAAGUUGGCAAUUUAUAA